CCCAGAGCCGACGUGGCAUAGAGACGGUUUAAAGUCGCAGCUGUAGCCGGAGCUGACCUGCGAUCAUUAUUCUGUACAUUAGCUCUAGGGCAAUUAAAGGUGUUUAAACAAACAAACAACAAAGCAGCAGUCGAAGUGUUUGCAUUUUUUUUAAAAAAAAAAACGCUUAAUAAACGAUGGCUUCGUCUGCGAAUAAUAACGGUUCUGCUGGUAAAUGGGAGGUGGUGAGAAGAAGCAAGAAACCGAACAGCGGUGCUAAGAGUCAAGCCGACAAGAAGUCCAGAAAAGCUCUGAUCGAGUCUAACUCUCCAAAACUCGAGCUGAAUCCACCUGUAAAGAUGGCCGAGACGAUAUAUGACGGUUUUGAGAAGAUUGGAAAGAAGCAGAACAAGGAACAGGUUCCUCCACCAGCUGAGACUCAACAGAAGAAACCUAACACAGCAAAACAGUCCAAGAAAUCCCAGUCCAACAGCAGCUCUAAAGUGACCCACUACAAAACGUUGGAGGAAGCCGUCAAAGCUCUGGAUGUGGUGGAGUUGCGGCAACAGCUGGACAAAAGUCAAGCUAUGUUCCCUGAGAAUCCGUGCGUCUGGGUGAAGGAUCUGGCCGGGUAUCUGAACAGCAAGCUGCUCGCACCUGACACCGAUCCCACGCUCAGCAGCUACGCUCAUGAUUACCCCUACUGCCUUGCUGGAAAGGACCUGCGCAGCAUAAUUAAGAAUCUGUUGGGGAAAAGCGGUGACACACUACAAGAAUUCUUCGAUCACUGUGUGUAUACCAUGCUCCGGGAGUUGGAUAGACCAACAGCUGAACCACUGCAUGGCUACAGAAUGUGCAUUCAGGCCAUCUUGAUGAACAAACCCAAAACAGCAACGCUCAGCCUGACUGAGCACCUGGAGCUUCUGCGCUCCCACCAGAACCGUCCAACCAAGUGUCUGACCAUUAUGUGGGCUCUCGGACAAGCCGGCUUCUAUGACCUUACCCAAGGCAUAAAAGUUUGGCUGGGCAUCAUGCUCCCUGUUCUAGGAGUGAAAUCUCUGUCUGCCUACGCCAUUGCAUACCUAGAGAGACUGCUCACGCUCCAUGCCAAUCUAUCUAAAGGGUUUGGGGUAAUGGGCCCGAAAGAAUUCUUCCCUCUGCUGGAUUUUGCUUACAUGCCCAGAAAUGCCUUGUCAGCAAGCCUGCAGGAGCAGUUGAGGAGGCUCUACCCCCGGCUGAAGGUUCUAGCGUUUGGGGCGAAACCGGAAUCUACAUUGCAUACGUACUUCCCUUCCUUUCUCUCCAGAGCCACGCCCAGUUGUCCCGAUAGCAUGAAGAAAGAGUUGCUGAGCAGCCUGACCGAGUGCCUUUGUGUAGACGCACAGAGUAUCGGUGUAUGGAGACAACUUUACACUAAACACCUCACCCAGUCCAGCCUCUUGUUGAAUCAUCUGCUCAGUUUAUGGCGCACACUCCCACCAAAGUUGCGAAACAACCUUCAAGAAACAAUUCAGUCUUUCAGAGUGACGAAUGAAGAGAUUAGGUCCACAGCUAACGUGGAUGACGUACAGGAAUGCAAUGCCGUCUGCAGUUCUCUGCAGAUGAAAAUUCGCUCUCAGGGGUUCCCGUGGAAGCGGGUGCUGGUGGUGCUGUUGGUGUUUGUCGCCGGUUUUAUAGUUCACGAUGUGAGAUCUCGCGGAGCGUUCGCCAACUCCACCACAGCGCUGUACCUGCAGAAGAGCGGAGUCACUGCAGUAUCCCAGCAGGGCUGGAGAAAAGUGUCUCAUUACAGCCAGCAGGGCAUCAACUACUUAGCUGAGACUACGCCGUAUUAUUACUCUCUGGCUGUGGAGGCAGUGGGUCCAUUUUUGGAAGCCAUUUUGGAGAAGCUGAAGGUGGUUGCAGUCUUUAUCGCACAGAAGAGUUCUGAAUUGAUGCUGUGGCUGCAGGAGAGCACACCAUUACUCGUAGAAUGGAUCAAUGCCAACACCCCAGAGAGUGUUUUCCAGUUUUUGGAGUUUGUAAAGGAGCUAUUGCUGUUUGUGCAUAAGAAUUACAUCCUACCCGGCCUGCAGUACAUCGUAACAGCUCUCCAGCACCUUUGGCAGUCACUGCAGGACUCCUGCAAUGGUGAAGUAUCGCUUCUCUGCAUGCAGAACCAUGUGGUAGCUUUCACCAACAGCACAUGGAUUUACUUGCAGGAUAAAACAACAGCCAUCGGGAGCUGGGCCCAAGAGCUGCUGUCCAAGGCAUGAUACACGCCCAGAAUAUGGGACAGAGACUUGUCUUUAUUUGUGUCUACCUUCUCACGUUGGGCUGUAAAGACUGUAGGAUACUUUGCCAUCUAAUAUUUCUCUAAUUCAGAGGACUCGACAGGAGGUGGAACACUUACCUGUUUUGUCUUUUUGUCCCCCCCACAACAUUAUUUGGGACCCCACCCCUUAAUUUCAGGACUUUUUAUAUGAUCAAUACCCAAAAUGUUUUGUGGGUUUUUCUUUUCAUCUCGUGUUUUACCUAGAUGAUUGCAGAUACGAUAUUUAUUGUAUGUUUGUAUUCGGGGGGGGGGUUACAAAAUAAUCUUCUGGUAUAAUUGGAUAUGAAAAGUGCUGAAUGACGCAGGACACACAUUUUAGAUUAAUCUGAACACCAUAAGUUGACAUUAAACUUGAUGUGUAGCCAAUUUUCUCAUGAAAUAUGUAUUUGAACCCAAGAAUCUUAAGCAUAUAGCUGUUGUACUGUGAAUCUGGAAAAUUCUAAAGAUUUACACAUUCUUGGCAACGUUUAUCGAAGAUUUUCACCUUUUUUUUUUGUGCCAAUUUACAAAUAAGCAAGCUUUUCUAGUGCUUAUGUUCUCUAUUUGCGCAUUCAGUUUAAUCUUGUUUAAUUCCAGCAGCUUGUUGUAUUUCAAAUACAGCAGCACACUGAGGUUGUAGCGAUGAGGCAUUCCAUGGCUAUGCGACCAAAUUUUCCUCUCAGAUGGUAGUGUGGAUUUUUGUGGCUUUUUGCUAGUGGUCACCUGUUGGAUUUCUGUAAUUAGCUAGCUCAAGCAAGUGAACUCAUUCCAUUCACAGCAAUUUUUUGUCUGUGGAAAAAAAAAAUGAAUUUGGUGAAUAUUUUUUUGUGGCAACAUUGCCAUUGGUAAAACUUUCUGAGCAUGCCAUGAUUUAAUAUAGAAAGACAUUCAUGCAUACUUUUUUUUAAUAAACGGAAUGCUUAGUGGUUGAUUUGAUUUGGUGGUCAAGACUUAUGGGGGUUUUUUUUUGUUUUGUUUUUAAAUAUAUAAACGAUUUACUGUGCGCCUCUCAUCUGCGACCUCUCCCACUCUGUUUUCGCAGUAUCGGAGAGAUUUUGUGUUGACUUGUUCUACUUGAUUACCUCUUAAUGUGAUCUGGGAAGCUUUAUUGAAGAUAGACACCAAGUUGUAUAUUUUCUACCCCUCCCUCUCUGCAGUAAAGAUUCACAUAAUAUAUAUAUAAAACCACAGGACUUGGAGCUCCUUCUAGAAUUGAAUGCUACAUUUCAUGUGAAGUUUACCUCUAGAGCAGGGGUGUCCAAUCUUAUGGCUUCUGCUUGGUUGGAAUGAAAACUUGCACCCAUACCGGCGCUUUCCGGAUAAGAUUGGACACCUCUGCUCUAGAGGCUACAUCUGUGCAGUCCACCAUAACGUUCAAGUGUCAAAAGGUACAAUUAAAGAUUUUUAGCACUGUAUCUGUAUUAGUAAUCAGUCAGCUGUUUCUGGUUCAAGACAGAUUCUGGAUUAGACUAAAGCUGCACCCCUUAACAGGGUUGGAAGUACAGAUUACAGAUUAUUGGAAGUGGGAAAAGAGAAAUAAUAUAAAUGUGAUUAAUUUGUUGCUUUGUAUAAAUUGUUUAUAAAUUAAUUAAUAAAAUCUGUGCAGCCCUGUU